CGAUCAGUCUCUUGGUCGAAUUAUGCACAGGGAAUAAGCCUUGGAAUUGACCGGGCUACCAUUCACGAGAAGACACGGAUAAUGUCGGGCAAGCGUCUGUUGGACGUGAUCCAAUUGUGCAAUGUCGCUGGUACGGUGGCGGCGAGGCACCUCGCAAUCCGCCAACGCCAGAUAGAUCUAUACACCCGCACUUCCUCCCUCACCAAGGGGAUCAAAAGCCAGGUUGACGGCCUGUGCUUAUCGGCCCAAGCGGCAGCGGCGCUGGCAAAGCGCUUCAAUGAACCCGAUCCAUCUCCUCCGUCUGAAUCAGCACCCACGACCGUAUCGAGCCACGCAGAGUCCACACCGAGCAGCUCCAGUAAUGCGACAACCGAUAUCUCCUCAGCUAAGGCGAGGCAAGCACAACGACAGGCGGAAGCUCAGAUACCUUCGACUGUAGCGGAUCACAAAGGAAGCGGGCAGGCUAGUGGCUUGGAUGUCAGUAAGCAACAGGAUGUGUUCUAUGAACCCUCCAAGCACACGACGGCGGGCGACUCGGGCCUUCCUCGGAUGAAAUUGCCCAAGUCGGCAAACGAUACGCAGGUCGGUGGUGAUAGCGAGAUCAAUGCGGAUGUCUUUCAAUCACCGGUGAAGACCGCCUCGGUUGAUCAAUCGGCAACCACCACUGCGACCGAGCAGACUGAGAUUCCGGAUGAGAUGAUGAAGGAUUUAUUUCACAGUCCUAAGGUCGCAAGGAUCAUGUCUCGGAAGCCGGCUGCGGAUAUGAGAUACAAUCAGACGGGCACAGUGUCUGGAACAAAGGAUGCAAGGCAAGUUGAACAGGACAAAGAGGAAGCGCGUGCCGUUGGGGAGAUGCUCGCAGAAGCGACGGCAACGACUGAGCCUGAAACUGCAGCGGCACUGAAGAACCCAGAUACAUACAAGAUGGUCGAGUCUCGCGUGCCGUCAUCCCGCCUUGGGAGGUUAUGGCAAUACGGCGGCCUGGCCACUUCGAUGGCUUGGGGCGCUAUGGGGGAAGGUCUCCGAAGGGUCACAGGAAGUCAGGUAGAAUCCUCUGGAUCCCUCAUGUUCAGUGCUGGGAAUAUGGAGCGGCUUGUCGCGAAGUUGUCAAAGAUGCGUGGUGCAGCCCUCAAAUUGGGACAGAUGAUGAGCAUUCAGGACACCAACAUGCUACCAGAAGCAAUUCAACAAGUUCUCCAACGAGUCCAAGACCGAGCAGACUACAUGCCUGCCUCUCAACGCGAUAAGGUGCUAACCGAUAACCUCGGUCCUGACUGGCGCGACCUAUUUUCCUCAUUCGAUGACGUUCCCAUGGCCGCCGCCUCCAUUGGCCAAGUGCACAGCGCCGUUCUCAAACGCACCGGCCAGCCCGUAGCCGUCAAGAUCCAAUACCCUGGCGUAGCCGACUCCAUCGACUCUGACCUCAACAACCUCUCGAUCCUACUAACAGCAUCCCGCCUCCUGCCCCGCGGCCUUUACCUCGAUAAGACCAUCGAGAACGCCCGCGUCGAGCUCGCAUGGGAAUGCGACUACAUCCGCGAAGCCGAAUCGGCGAACCGCUUCCGCGAGCUCCUCCGCGACGACCCAGUCUUCCUCGUUCCCGAAAUCAUCCCCGAGGCGUCCGGCAAGCAGGUGCUGACCAUGGAACGCCUGGAAGGCAUUGCGGUGACCAAGAUCCAGGACUUCACGCAGACCCAGCGCGACUGGAUCGGCACGCAGAUCAUGCGCCUCUGCCUCCGCGAGAUCAUGGAGUUCCGGUACAUGCAGACGGACCCCAACUGGACCAACUUCCUCUACAACGCGCGCACCGACCGCCUCGAGCUCCUGGACUUUGGCGCCUCGCGCGAGUAUCCGACCGAGUUCAUCCAAAAAUACAUCCGCACCCUCGUCGCCGCCACCAGCAACGACCGCGAGGCCUGCCGACAUUUCUCCCGCGAGCUGGGCUACUUGACCGGCCACGAAAGCAAGGAGAUGGUUGACGCCCACGUCACCUCCGUCAUCACCCUCGCCGAGCCCUUCAUGCAAAGCUCGCCCGAUGUCUACGACUUCCGGAACCAGACGAUCACCGAUCGCGUGCGCGCGUUGAUCCCCGUCAUGAUCAGGGAGAGACUCACCCCUCCGCCGGAAGAGACGUAUAGUCUGCACCGGAAGUUGAGCGGGGCGUUCUUGCUCUGUGCUAGAUUAGGAAGUCGGGUUCCUUGUAAGAAUUUGUUCGAAGAGGCGACUCGGAACGCGGAAGAGAAGGGUUUGGUUUGGCGGGAUUCAAAGUGAGUGCUUGGGGCUUAUCGUAGAAGUGGACUGUUCGGUGGAUUGUUACUAGCUUCGCAGGUUGGGAGGAUUCUCAACUCUUGUAUAUUAGGAAAGAUGCCGUGUAUGAAUAUGAG